UCUGUGCUCUAUUUGAACAGCAGCCUCCAGAAUGAUUACGCAAACAACAGUAACGUCACCAACCACACCGCUAUCACCUACUACCCCUACUACCAGCACUCUCUAGCUGUGGCUGCCGCCCUGACCGUGGCCUACCUCUUCAUCUUCCUGCUGUGCAUGGUGGGAAACGGCUUGGUGUGUCUGAUUGUGCUGGAGAACCGGCGGAUGAGAACAGUCACCAACCUCUUCAUCCUCAACCUGGCUGUGAGCGACCUUCUGGUGGGCGUCUUCUGUAUCCCCACAACCCUGGUGGACAACCUCAUUACAGGUUGGCCGUUCACAAACACAGUGUGUAAGAUGAGUGGUCUGGUGCAGGGCAUGUCCGUCUCUGCCUCGGUGUUCACGCUGGUGGCCAUCGCAGUGGACAGGUUCCGUUGCAUUGUGUACCCCUUCCAGCCCAAACUCACCCUGCCGGUGGCCAAAGUGACCAUCGUGAUGAUCUGGGGGCUUGCGGUGGUGAUUAUGUGUCCGUCGGCGGUGACGUUAACCGUGAAGAGAGUGGAGCAUCACUACAUGGUCCACGAUGAAGACUACAACCACACAUACCCGCUGUUCUCCUGCUUCGAGAACUGGGCCAGCCCACAGAUGAGGAAAGUCUACACCACCGUCCUGUUUGCACACAUUUAUCUCAUUCCCCUCACCCUGAUCACGCUCAUGUACGGACGCAUCGGGAUCAAACUCUACACCACCUCUGUGAUCUCUGGGAACGAUCAUCAGGACAGCGCACAGUCUCACGGAGCCCCGCAGGAAGGAAGGCCGCUCAUUUCCCAAAAGAAGAUCAAAGUGAUUAAGAUGUUGAGUGUGGUGGCGCUUUUAUUCACGCUUUCCUGGCUGCCUCUCUGGACGCUGAUGCUCCUCACCGAUUACGGGGGUCUACAAGAAGACGAGCUGGAUCUUCUGAGCAGCUAUGUCUUCCCAUUCGCUCACUGGCUGGCGUUUUCCAACUCGAGCGUCAACCCUAUUAUCUACGGCUACUACAAUGAGAACUUUAAGAGGGGAUUUCAGUCUGUGUGUAGAACGCAUUCGUGCUGCUUUGACGGGAUGAAGGCGAGGAGCAGACCGCGACGGAAAUCAAGAGGAGAUGUGAGAGACCCUGUGGUCAAUUCCAACCCCUUGGCUUUUGGUGGAAGGAACCGGGUUUACACCGACGGCGAUGGGAAGGACUCCAGGACUUGUCUGGAGUUGGAGCACAGGAGAACAGCUCGGCUUUGUGAUAACUCGGUCUGCUCAAACGAAACAGGAUCCAGCGCAGGAUCCGGGAUAAAAGGGGUCACGAACCAAAAAGGGUUUCAGAUGGAGGAGGCAGAGAAAAUAAGUCCUGUCAGGGUGGGUAAAAACCAAGCUUGGGACCAGUAGAUGGAUUAUUCAUGCCAAGAAAUGAUUCCACGGAUCUUUAAAUGAAUCAACUGGACGAUUCGAUCAAGUUUGUCAUAUAAAGGUGCUUCACGAUGCCAAAGAAGAACCCUGUUGUCUAAAUGGUUUCAUAAAGAACCUUUAAAAUCUGAAGAACCUUUCUGUUUCACAAAAGCUGCUUUGUGGAGGUUCUUCAGACUAUAAAAAGGUCAGAAAGAGACGGUUCUUUGACUGUAUGGUUCUUUGUGGAACCAAAAAUAGUUCUUCUAUGGCAUCGCUGGGAAGAACCUUUUAAGCACCUUCUUUUUUUUUUGAGAGAGAGUGUAAAGUCCUAAAAAAAUCUCUUCUGCAAAACCAAUUUCAUUUUUAGACUCUGAAUCAUUUCGGUGACCGAGAGAGCUCAAUACACUGAAUGAAUGAGCUUUCCAUUGAUGUAUGCAGUGUUACGAUUGAACAGUAUUUGAAAUUAUUUUAAAAUCUGGAAUCUGGGGGUGCAAAAACAUUUAAAUAUUAAGAAAAUCGCCUUAACAGGUUGUUCAGAUGUUCUUAGCAAUCCAUAUCACUAAUCAAAAAUUAAGUUAUGAUAUAUUUACUUUAGAAUAUUUACAAAAUAUCUUUACUUAAUAAAAAAAAACUGGAUAAUUUUGACCCAUACAGUACAAUGUAUUGUUGUCUAUUGCUACAGAUAUAGCUGUGCUACUGAUGACUGCUUCUGUGUCCCAGCCAUGUUCGUCACUUUGCGUUUCCCGUAAACAGGUGGUCUGUGUUGUGUUGUGAGCAUUUGCAUCAUGUGUGUUGUCAAAUUGAUGAAGAUAUUUCUUAAUGUGCAUGAGUUUUUAAUGUGCAGCGCAUUGACCUCUCUCGGCCACCAUAGAAUCAACUCCUUUUUCUACAAGAAUAACAUUUUAACUCUAUUUUGUUUCAAUAUGCAAUGUUAAAAGAGGCUAAGGUUGUUUAUAAAAAAAAUAUUGUAUGGUAUUUUAUUUGAUUUCAGAGAUUCUACUGUAUAUAGCCAAAUUGUGCCUCUGUAAUCAUCUGCAUUAAACUUCAACGUUUCGACUUAAUUAGGGUUAGGGUUUAGGUACUUUAGUACCUUUAAGUGUACAUAUAAGUACCAAAUUGGUACAAAUUACUCUAUUUUGCAAAGUGCCCCAGUGACAGCUUUUAUAUCUUUAUUUUUUUUCUUUUUCUGAGAUAUCAUGCCAAAACUGUCACGCACCUGUAACCUAAACAUUCAACAGGACAAUCUGUGGGCUAAUUGGUGAAGGACUCCCUUUAAAACGUUUUAAUCUUUGCUGAUAUUUGAAUUGGAGUCCAAACUGUUUAUCUCAGCUGCGCUCACCGAAUGGGCCGUGUUUAUGUUUUCUCAAGACGGACUCGUGCAGCUGCUCAAAUGUUUGCCUGAGAUGUGCAUUUGUCUUGUUUGUGUUGUAUUUGUGCAGUGUAUGUGAACCGUCCAUGCACAAUACCAAAAGGGACAGAUGCUAUUAUAUUAUAUUAUAGCUACUGUAGAGAGCGAACAGAACAUGCAAGAAGAUGUUUAUAUUUUAGUGUUCACUGUGUGUCCUAAUUAGUCUGUGCCUAGUGGCUUAUGUAAGACAUGGCUUUUGCUUUUCUUUAGCGUGCAUUGAUGUCUGUUCUUUAUUUAAUGCUUUGAUAGCAAGGGGAAUUUGCUGUAAAUGGACUGUAAAAAGAACUAAUGUGUUCAGUUAAUUCUAUUAUCUCUCUAAAAGUGUACAUUACAUCCACCUAUCUAUAUUUGUCUGUAUACCUUCGGUUCAUGGGUUUGAAAUGAACUGGCCAAGCCCCACAGGAAACUGCAUUGGAUUUUGAACUGGAAUAACAGGAAGACUGCCACUUAAAGAAACUCUGCACAGUCUGAUCAUAGAGGAACUUUAUAAGCUCAACAAAGCAUGGUUUUUAAUUAAUUUUGCCUGUUUAUCCCCUGAGUGUAGAGUAAUUUUUUUCCCCUGUUUCUAAAAGUUCAAUUAACACGAUCAAGAAAAUGUUUGAAAUAAAUUAAUAAUUUUAUUCAGGAGGAUGCAAUGCAUUGAUUGAAAGUGACAGCAUUCUGCUGUCCUUUGAAACAUUCUGUUCAUCAAAGACUCCUGAAAAAAAGUAUCAUUUUUCCACAAACUGUUUUUAAUAUUGAUAAUAUCAAUAAAUGUUUCAGCACAAGAAUAAAUCACAUUUUACAAUAUAUUCAGAUGGAAAAUUGUUAUUUUAAAUUGUAAUAAUAUUUCACAAUAUUGCAAUUUUAGUGUACUUAGAUAAAUGCAUUCAUAUGCAUGAAAGUCUUACUGUCCCCAAUAUACAAGGCCAAAAAAAAAGUAUUUUUCUUUUUUUUUUUAAAAAAAAAAAAGCUCAUUAAAUUUUAAAAAGCAACUAUUUCAAAGAGAUACAUUCACCACUCCUAGUUUAUUAUCACACACAAACUCACAAAACAAAUGAUUUCAGAACAGACAAAAAACAUGUGAGGCUGUGAAAUGAAACAUUAUCCAUAUUUUACUAUAUUUGUUUCUAUGUGUCUUCAUUAAAUAGGUGAGUUUUGAUCACUCUUGUUACCUCUCUGCUGCCUUGGAACUGUAUCUAUAGAAAAAAAAAAACACAAAUUACACCCCAAAAUGUCAAAAUAAUUAGCUUGUCUCUGAGUAGGAAGCUUAACAAUUCCUUAUAGUUUGAACUAAUUAACACAGAUUUCCCAUGACAAAGUGAGCGUAAUAUAACAAGACAAACAGAAUAAAAGAAGAAUUAAGACUUACACUCUCUGACAGUCACAGUUCAUAAAAACAAAGUCCCUGUGAUAAGCUUAGUAAUAAUUUGCUUCAGUUUUAUAUAAUUAUAAAACAUAGAGCUCUCCAGUGGCGGAGCACAGAAAUCAUCAUUAUUUCAAUAUAAAAAGGUGAUUGACUAUAAAACAUUGCACCAAUUUAGUGCCUAAAACACAACUAAAUUAAAUUAAAUUCUUUUAAAUUGCAAUUGAGAUAUUUGUGAAUUAGAUCAAUUAAUGCAUAUAACAAUAACAGUAUAAUCAUUUGUGUAUUAUUCCUCUGCACCUCCAGGUAGUUUAUUAUAGGAGCUCACUAUAGCUUUAUUGAUUUAUAAGUUUGGAUCUGGUUUUCAAACCCCCCAAAAGCCAGAGACAUGCAGAUAGUGAUAAGAACUGGUUAAUAAUACAUUAAAAAAUAAAUUAAAAAGGCCAGAAGUCAGCAGCACAUAAAUGCCAGAAUGUAAAAUUAGUUUUUUAUGCAUUUAAAUGGUUUCACUUUUGUUUGAAAAAAAAAUAAUAAUAAAAUAAAGGAUUUUGCACUGUGCAUUAAAUUACAAAAAAACAAAAACAGACAUCAAACAUCAUAAGCUUGUGCCUUAUACUGUGUUCUCGAGUUUCACAAUAUUUUAGUGCAUGCAUCUGAGAGACGUUCUUUAAUGUGAUGCUAUACACACAUGAACACACUAAUCACCUUUCUGGUAAAAAAUCAGUCAUAGGGUCGAAACUAAGAUUAAUACAUCAUCUGAAAGCUGAAUAAGUAAGAUUUCCAUUGAUGUCUGAUUUGUUAGGAGGACAAUAUUUAAAAAAUCUGGAAUCUGAGGGAGCAAAAAAAAUCAAGAUACUGAGAAAAUAGGCUUUAAAGUUGUCCAAAUGAAGUUCUUAGCAAUGCAUAUUACUAAUCAAAAAUGAAGUUUUGAUAUAUUUACGGUAGGAGAUUUACUAAAUAUCUUCAUGGAACAUGAUCUUUAUUUAAUAUCCUAAUGAUUUUUGACAUAAAAGAGAAAUGUAUAAUUGUGACUCAUACAAUGUAUUGUUGUCUAUUUCCACAAAUAUACGUCUGUGCUCCUGAUGACUGCUUCUGUGCUGCAGGACACAAAUAGCCUAAACAUCUCACCAGAUCACAGUUCACUGUUGUUCUACUGAAGCUCAUUAGCCACAUGUUCCUUUCGCGCUCGUUUCACUUGCACCUGGUGCUGAAGUACCCAUCUAAAAAGUCUCACAUUUGAUGAUGGUUCCUCACCUUAAAAAAUGCAUUUCUUGAAAAUGCAAGAAAAAAAGGGACAAAAACAGCAUUUUUGAGAGUGUGGUCAAGCUUAGGUUUCUAUAUGUCCUUUAAGAAGUAAACUCUUCUGUAUUUUGCCCUGCGUUUCGGUUUUAUUAAGUAAAUCAAGUUACAAAACACUAUGAUCUACUCUAGUAGUAUUUAAUGCCACUUACUGGAAAUAAGGUACAAAUUAGGCCUAAAAAAACGAAUAAUUCAGUUAAGAUUUGUCAGCUUCUUCUGCUCUUUGUGUGAAUAGAUUGAUUAAUCAGUGUUUGACAUUGACAAGUGUUGUCCUUUGAGAUAUGAUCAGACUGUGCAUGUGUGUCUCUCCUUUGACUGAAAAUAACAGUUCUGUUAUAAAUCUGACAAAAAACCCACUUUAGUCUUUAGUUGUUUGAACCAUAGUCUGCACAAAUGGAUCCAAUGUUCUGCUAGAAAAUUGCUUCAGAAAAUCUAAAUAGAACUGUGUGCAGUGACCAAAGCCAUGUCUUGUAGCUUUCCGUCUCAUCAUACCUCAGGAUCACGGGCUAUUUUUGGAUAGCAUAUUAAACUAUUUCUGCUCUAAUGUGAAACUCCUGUAUUCAUCAUGGCACGAUGAUCAAACAAAGCACAAAAUAAAUCACCUUCUUUAUUUCUAAGCUGAUAAAUAGAUGGCAGGGUUGUUUGGCAUUAAGAAAUAAAUUCCAAUUUCAAAUCUAUUUCACUUCCUGAAUUUGAUGCCCUCAGGCCAUCCCAGAUUUAGACUAAUUAGUUUCUUCAUCAGAACAGAUUUGUAGAAAUGUAGCACUGUCUCAGUAACGUAUCCUCUGUAGUGAAUGGAUGCAAAUGUAGCAUAAACUACUUCCUACUUCCUGUUAAAAACAGUAGAGGACAUACUUUGUAUACCGUUCAGUAUUCAGAAAGAAGUAAACCAGUGGGAACUGUAUCAUGACAAAGCAAGAAUCAUUCGCUCAAAGCAAAAGUGCUCACCAUUAAAUGCAAAUGUAACUGUAGUUGGUGUUAAUUAUUAUUAGCUUGUGGCUAAUUUGUCGUGCUGUAAAGUUUACAAAAAGGUCUAGUGGCUAUGUAAGUUUUCUGAUCAGGUUUGUCUGAGCUGAAUUUCACUAAAGAUGAUAUGAUUUGUUUAGUGUCAUUAAUUUUGGGUGGAAGAUGUGCUUUCUUGUAGACUAAAAGCGUUUGAAUAUGUGUAGCUCAGCAAGGUCAGUAAAAAGCUUCUGAAGCAUUGUGGUUCAGUAAAAGCAAAACCAUCUAAUUUCGACUGUUUAGAGAAUUUGUCUAUGAUGAAUUCAAUUCAGUGUCUGAAAAUGCUCAAUUAAAGCUUAGUAAGCCACCACCUGGCAACGUGACACUAUGACACAGUUCAGCAUCAAGGUUUGUGUAAGAGCCAAGUAUGUUUCCGUUCAUUUCUUUUCUGUGUUUAAUCCAGCAAUUGCCACGCUGUACAAUUUGUCACGGAAAGCCUGAGUUGUUUCUUGUUGCUUUGCCUCCUAGCUUACUUUGGAAAUAAAAAGAGAAUAUUGUCCCAUAAA